UCCUGACAGUCAGCUGACACUGAGAUCUUCUUCUCUCAUCAUCGCGUUUUGUGUUUGUAUGGUAAAUAAACAUAUGUGUAGUGUCAGUGUAUAGACAGUGUGUGUUAGAACUCAUAUUAAAGUGGUUUUGCGAACGUUAUAAUCCGCUGUUUUAGCUGGUUUCUGCGUUUAAACAUGUCUGGACCAAACGGAGAUCCCGAUAUUUCAGCUGAAGGAAUAAUCGAGGAUGAAGAUGAGUUCAAUGAAGAAGAGUACGAAGCCAUCGACUCCAUGCUGGACCAGAUUAACUCCUGUCUGGACGACAUCGAGGAGCGAAACGAUGCUCUGAACGGGAAACUGCAGGAGCUGCUAGAGUCCAACAGAGCGGCGCGCAGAGACUUCAGACAGCAGAUCACUGACCAUACAGAUGUUCAUCUUCCUGCUGCUGCUGAUGAUGAUGAAGAUGAUGAUGAUGAAGAGUCCAGAGACGCACAGAAGAAAGACUGAAGCAACGUCUCCGUCAGAAACCUGCAGCUGGACCAAAACUGUGUGUUAUGCGUGUGUGUGUGUGUAUUUAUUAAUGUUGUUUAUGUCCAGGAUGUAUUGUAUUAUUUAAAUACUGUGAUUAAAGUCAGUUGUAUCUUUAAAAUGGCUGUAAUGCACAGGAAUACCAGCGCUCUGGACUACUUGAUGAGAUAUUCUAUAUACGUAUAUAGAUGAGUGCUGUCUGAUUAAUCAUAGCCAAAUAAAAGUUCAUAUUUACAGCA